AUGGCACUUUCGGCUCACCGGCUGGUCGCCGGAGCUCUCGUGAUCCUGGCAGCAGUAGCUCUGGCCCGUUCAGACGCCGAGCAACGGAGCCCCAGGCGCUACGACGUCGCCGACGCGAUGGGCUCCGGUCAGCUUCAGGGACAGGCUCCAGCUCCACCAUGCCAGGUGUCGCCUCCGUUCGUUUCCUCGCCGCCGCCGCCGCCAUGCCCUGCUGGUCACCAAGAUCAGCGUAGAGAAGCCCCGAUGCCGAGAUAUCUUGGUGUGCAGAGGACCGCACCGGCUCCGCCCUCGCCGCGGUCCGCGCGUCAGGUGAAUUGGGCGCAAUUGCCGCCACCGCCGCCUUCCUCAUAG